CGAUGAAUUUUCAGUCUGCGCUUCUCAUUUAUUGUCAUGGAAUCCAUCUCUUCCUCAUCACAAAAGCCCUCCUCUUCUUCUGCGACAUUCGAACAGGAUCAACAACUAUUCACAGAUACACUUCUCAAAAUACAAAUACAAUCUGCUCUUGCAAAAGAAUAUGUUCAGAACAAAAAAUCACCUCUUCCUCUGUUGGCUCAGUCGUGUGCACUUGUUGACAAUCUUCCCACAACUGAGAAUUGGACGCAUGCUCAGGUCCAGCUGAUAAACUCGCUUAAAAUUGACCUUUGGAAAGCUUUUGCUGACGCAUGUGUUGCAGUAAGAGACUUGAUUCAGGCUGAAGCCAGUCUCGCUCGUUUGGCAAUGUUACAAGAGACAGGCUUGGGGCCUUUAUCAUUGCGUUCUUCAAAGACAAAAGCCAAAAAUAGCAAAAACUCUGUUGAUAUUAUUACUAUACCAUCUACUGCCGAUGGUCCAACGUCGAUACCCCCAACCAAAGAACAAAUUGCAACCGCAUAUGAAGUUAUAGAAACAUGGAAAAAACAACGUCAAGUCUACAUUGACAUGGGCAAAAAUAAUAUGGUAUUCAAUUUCCAGCGUCGCAUUGACAGUAUGAAGAAACGUCUUGAAAGCGAUUCUGUUCAGGUUUCAUAA